AUGGAUAAGACGGUGGUUAGCACCAGCAGCCGUAACACCACAAGAACAGAUCUCAAUUUGCUGCUAGAGUGCCUGAAGUUUCAGAUGAAAUGCCCUGAUCUGCAGAAACAAGCCCUUCUCACCAUUCACUUAAUUUGUGAAAAGAAAGAGGAAAAUGCGGACCUGCUGAGAGAAAUGGGAGGCGUGACGUUUGUGUAUAACCUCUCCAAAUCCAAUAUUGUUCAUUCAGACGUUAAGGAGAGUGCACUCUUUACACUUGGCACUUUAGCUGAAGCUAAUGUGUUCUGCAAACAUUCUCUGUGCAGGAAGGAGACGUUUGUUGAAGUUGCUGGUUGGCUAAUGAAAGAGGACACCCCACUGACACUGAAGCGAGUUUCUGUCUAUUUGCUGUCUGUGUUGGUAGCAAACAAUAAAGCAGGACAGACUUUAGCCCAAACCACUGGCUGCCUGGACAUUUUGCUGGACCUCUUUAGGACCACUUUUCCCCUCUCUACAGAGGCUACAUUGAGAGCAGCUAAUGCUACUCAAACCUCCCAACUCUGGGCAUCUGUGUGUAGUGCUCUCUGUGGAUGUGUCAACAACCCUCAGAAUGAGGAGGGUCAGCGUAUCUGUGUUGCAGCUUUUCCCAUAAUAAAAACCUGGCUCCAGAUUUCUCUGCCCCGCACCGAGAUUUUUCAAUCCAUAUGCUCCUUCUUAGCAAUGACAGUUGCCAACAACUCCUGUGUUCAGGAGAGUUUUUCUGCCUACGGGGGUUUGGAAACUCUCACUCUUGUACUGGUUCGUCUAGCUUCUGGGACAGAGACAAGUUUGUUGUCUUGCAAGCUUUCUGUCACAAUAUGCAAGACUCUUUCAGCUUGCAUCACCGAUAACUCCACUCUUGCUUCAGGUCUGGCUCAGUAUAGUGUAAUUUCCCACCUCUUCUCCCUGCUGGCUAGCCCAAACCUUGACCCUGAGGACAGGCCCUCAGUUUUGCUCACCUUAGGCCACUGCACAGAGGCCUCACAGGAGCACCAAUCCCAGUUGGUGCAGUGUGGAGGUCUGCCACUUAUCAUAACUUUACUCACAGAAGACACAAAUGAGGAGGUUAGGAAGGCUGCCACAUUCAUAUUACAGACCUGCAAACAGGCCACCGUGUCCUUGGGAGAGCCUUCUCUGAUUUCGAGACAAAGAGAGUUUGACAAUAUCGAACCCCUUACAAACAUGGAAGGCUUCAGGAGCUCAGCCAGAGAGUUACUGCACAGGAUUGACCUGCUAGAAAAGAGACAGGCGAAGGAGGAUGAGCAGGAAUACACAGACUUACUAACUUCAACUAAAAGGUUAGAGCAACCAUCUCAUCUUCCAGCCUUGCCUCUAACUAUGCAGCAUAUGGAGAGGUUUAAAACUGGCCCCACAGCAUGUAGAGAGAGCAGCAGUCUUAAGUAUGUAGGGCCAGGAGGUGACAACAGCAUUAAACUUGAAACUUUCAGAAACUUGAUCAAGAAAGACAAUUACAGUGAAAUAAGGAACAUCAGCUCCAAUUUAAAUGCUCAAGAAGAGAAGGCUGAAACCAGUGGAGGGGAUUUGAGGUGCACAGUGUGCAAGGGUAGUGGAGCCCUAAAGUCUUCCCAUGUACGGUCACUAGAGGGAGGCAGAGAGUCACAUACGGCAGACAGUCAACUAUUUAAGCUCCCAGCACCACUGAAGCACAAUGUACCAAAAGAAAUUAAAGGCACUGAGAAGUUAGCCGACAGUGACAUGAGUCAACUGGUGGAGGAACGCUCAUUCAGUCAUGUUCGUUGUGCAGGUUGUGUGUUGCCUUUUGAAGAGGUGACCAGUCGCACUUUUGCGACACUCCUAAGCACCUGCCAUCACAGCUGUGACAUGCACACGGUUCUUCAAGAGGCCACAGAGCACUUCAGGACUCAUCACUGCAACCUUCUCUUUAGGAGAGAGAACCAGGACAACGCUGUAGAGCUGACAGACCCAAAACCUAAGAGAAUGCAUAACUUUGACUCCACUCAGCCUUGCUACCAUCACUUCUCCUCUCAGGUCGAUAUUUGGCUCCCCCGAAAAGGCCUCAUUCGCCUCAAGCGAAGGAAACGGAAAAACUUCAGCUCUAAGGAGGUGCAUCACCUGCUGUCUGGUGUGAAGAAAUAUGGCUUCUCCUGGAACUCUAUCUUGUGGUCAUACUCCUUCAAGCCUGGACGCACCAAUGUUGACCUGGCCAAGAAAUACAAGCGGCUCGUGAAAGCCAAUGCCCAGGAUGGGCAUCCUGGACCACUGAUAAAUGAACAACUUUGA